CCCUUCUUUGACCCCCCCCUCGAAACUGCUCGCCAUGUCUGACAAGCAGGUUCAGAAGGAGAACGCUCAGAGCACGAAAGUGCUCGACGAGCUCCUCUCGAAAUUGUCCCUCUCCAAGACCGCCGACGAGGCCAAGUCCACGUCGCACGAUAUCGCCACCUUUAUCAAUGGCGAAAUCCAGGAGCACACCGCGCCCACCAAGGCCGUCGACAGCCUGAAGAAGAUGCUCACCAACAAGAAGGAUGCCAACGCACGCCAGUUCGCCUGCGAGGCCAUCGCCACCAUCGCGAAGCACUCCGACGUCUCGCCCACCGUCGAGCCAUACCUCGUCCAGCUCCUCCCGAACGUGCUGGCUGCCGUUGGCGACAAGAUGGCCACCGUCAAGGUUGCCGCUCAAGACGCCGCCCUUUCCAUCACCAAGGCCGUCAACGCCAACGCCGUCAAGCUCCUUAUCCCACACUUCAUCCACUCCAUCCACAACGCACAGAAGUGGCCCGAAAAGAUGACCGAUCUCGAGUGCAUCGAGGCUCUCUGCGAGAGCGCUCCAGCACAGGCUGCAUACCAGGUGCCAAACCUCAUUCCCAUCGUCUCCGAGGCUAUGUGGGACACCAAGCCCGAGGUCAAGAAGCGCGCAUACUCCACCAUGGAGAAGGUGUGCCAGCUUAUCGUCAACAAGGAUAUCGAGCGCUUCAUUCCUGAGCUCAUCAAGUGUAUCGCCAAGCCAGAGAACGUCCCGGAGACGGUCCACUUGCUCGGUGCUACCACCUUCGUCACUGACGUCCACGAGCCCACCCUCGCCAUCAUGGUGCCUCUGCUCGAGCGUGGCCUCAAGGAGCGCGAGACCGCCAUCAAGCGUAAAUCCGCCGUCAUCAUCGACAACAUGUGCAAGCUCGUCGAGGAUCCCAACAUUGUUGCCGCUUUCUUGCCAAAGCUGAUGCCGCAACUCACACAAAACUACGACAACUUGGCUGAUCCGGAGGCCCGUGAGAAGACCAAGCAGGGUCUUGACACUCUCAUCCGUGUCGGUGCUGUCAAGGAUGGCAAGAUUCCAGAGGUCUCCCACGCCGGUGACGUUGCCACCAUCGCCCCUAAGCUCAAGGACAUCCUCAGCUACAAGCACAAGGAUGCCGCCGAGAAGUUCCCUGCCGUUAUCGAAUUCAUCGCCGCCAUCGCCGGUCAGCUCAUCGACGAGAAGGAGAGCGAGGACGUUGCUUGGAUCACCCAGCUCAAGCCAUACGUGGUCGCAAUCAUUGGCGACGCUGAUGCUGAGGGUAUUAUCAACACUCUCCGCAAGCGUGCGUCUCCAUUGGCAGCCGCUGAGGACGAGGUUGAGCCUGAUGAGGAGGAGGGCGAGGACCUUUGCAACUGCACAUUCAACUUGGCCUACGGUGCUAAGAUUCUGCUCAACUCUACACAUCUCCGCCUCAAGCGCGGUCAGCGAUACGGUCUUCUCGGUCCAAACGGUUCCGGAAAGACCACCCUCAUGCGAGCCAUCAACAACGAGCAGGUCGAAGGUUUCCCCAAGCAGAGCGAAGUCAAGACUGUCUACGUCGAGCACGAUUUGGACGCUGCUGACACUGAGCUUACCACCAUGGAUUGGACCUCUAUGAAGCUCAAGCAGGCUGGUCUCGAUCUCUCUGAGGACGAGAUCCGCAAGACUCUCCUCGAGUUCGGUUUCGUUGACGCCCAGAUUGACGGUGUCAUCACUGCCCUUUCUGGUGGUUGGAAGAUGAAGCUCGCCCUUGCGCGUGCCGUUUUCGAGAAGCCAGACAUCCUUCUGCUUGACGAGCCAACCAACCACUUGGACGUGAAGAACGUCAAGUGGCUCGAAGACUACCUGAUCAACUCGCCUUGCACAUCCAUCAUCAUUUCGCACGACAGCAAAUUCCUCGACAACGUCAUUCAGCACGUUAUCCACUACGAGCGCUUCAAGCUCAAGCGCUACCGUGGCAAGCUCAGCGAGUUCGUCAAGCGCGUGCCAUCCGCCAAGUCCUACUACGAGCUUGGUGCCUCCGAGAUGGAGUUCAAGUUCCCAGAGCCAGGUUUCCUUGAGGGCGUCAAGACCAAGGCUAAGGCCAUCGUCCGUGUCAGCAACAUGGAAUUCCAGUAUCCAGGUACUCCAAAGCCACAAAUUAGCGAGAUCAACUUCCAGUGCUCGCUUGGCUCCCGUAUCGCUGUCAUUGGUCCAAACGGUGCCGGAAAGUCUACCCUCGUCAACGUCCUUACUGGUGAGCUGAUCCCAACCAAGGGUGACGUCUACCAGCACGAGAACAUCCGUAUUGCAUACAUCAAGCAGCACGCGUUCGCUCACAUCGACCACCACCUCGAUUUGACUCCAUCUGAGUAUAUUCAGUGGCGUUUCCAGACUGGUGAGGACCGUGAGACUAUGGACCGUGCCAACAAGGUCGUCACUGAAGACGACGAGAAGGCCAUGGACAAGAUCUACAAGAUCGAGGGUUCCCAGCGUCGCGUCAUUGGUGUGCAUUCGCGAAGAAAGUUCAAGAACUCCUACGAGUACGAGUGUUCGUUCGCUCUCGGUGAGAACGUCGGUAUUCAGGGCAAGGAGCGCUGGACACCUAUGAUGACUGCUGACAAUGCCUGGAUUCCACGAAACGAGCUUAUCGCAUCUCACCAGAAGAUGGUUGCUGAGGUCGAUCAGAAGGAGGCACUCGCCAGCGGUCAGUUCCGUCCUCUGGUCCGCAAGGAGAUUGAGGCUCACUGCGCCAACUUCGGUCUCGACGCUGAGCUUGUGUCUCACUCCCGCAUGCGCGGUCUCUCUGGUGGUCAGCGUGUCAAGGUCGUGCUUGCUGCUUGCUCAUGGCAACGUCCUCACUUGAUCGUCCUUGACGAGCCAACCAACUACCUCGACCGUGACUCUCUUGGUGCUCUCUCCAAGGCCAUCAAGGCAUUCGAGGGUGGUGUCAUCAUCAUCACUCACUCUGCUGAGUUCACCAAGGACUUGACCGAGGAAGUCUGGGCUGUCAUGGACGGCAAGAUGACUCCAUCUGGCCACAACUGGGUGCAGGGUCAAGGUGCUGGUCCUCGUCUGAAGCAGGAAGAUGACGAGGAGGAGAAGUUCGAUGCUAUGGGCAACAAGAUCGAGAACACCAAGAAGCAGAAGAAGCUCACAUCAGCAGAGCUCCGAAAGAAGAAGAAGGACCGGAUGGCCCGCCGCAAGCGUGGUGAGGAGGUCUUUUCUGAUGAGGAUGACUAGAGGUGUGCGAGGCUCAAGCUCUUGCAGAGCAACUAAUGCAUUGGAAGCGUAAAGGCGUUUUACGGAUCAUGAGGGUUUUUACAGGCAUGAAGAGGUUACGAAAGCAAGAUUCCCAUACCUUUUGAAUGUCUAGAAGGGAUAGAGAGUAGAUUCCUUUGUAACGAAAAGUGGUUUCAAGUCC